UGUAUAGCUCCUGAAAAAUUGGCAUUCAAAGGCAGAAUGUUGAAGCAAAUGGUGCAUGCUUCCAAAACCAAUCUUGAAGUUGAAAGUUUGAGGCCCGUGGAAGAGAGAGAAAUCGGUCAUUGCACAAAAGUCAGACGCAGCGUCAAUAUGGAAAAGCUGCAGAGUGGGUAUCUGUUCCCUGAGAUAUCCAUGCGAGAAUACGAACAUUCUCAAAAGCAUCCAGAUGCAAAGAUAAUCAGACUUGGUAUAGGCGACACUACAGAACCUGUACCAAACUGUAUCGCAUUCGCCAUGACUAAAAAAGCAAUUGAUUUAUCAACUGUUGAAGGCUACAGUGGGUAUGGAGACGAGCAGGGCAACAAGGCACUGAGAAAGAGAAUUGCAGAAAAGUUUUACGAAAACAUGGGCAUAAAGGGAGAAGAAGUUUUUGUUUCCGAUGGAGCUCAGUGUGACAUCUCUCGCAUUCAGAUGCUUCUGGGAUCCAAUGUGACGGUGGCUGUGCAGGACCCUUCUUUCCCCGCAUACAUUGAUUCAAGCGUGAUCUUCGGACGGGCGGGGGAGCUGCAAGGGCAAAACGGUAAAUACGAAAGAAUCGUGUACAUGAAGUGCGCUCCCGAGAACGAUUUUUUUCCCGAUUUAUCAAACACUCCCAGAACCGAUAUCAUCUUCUUCUGCUCUCCGAACAACCCUACCGGAACCGCCGCCUCCGCCUCCCAACUCCGUCGUCUCGUCGACUUCGCCACCGCCAAUGGCUCCCUCAUCGUCUACGACUCCUCCUAUGCCGCUUACAUCUCCGACGGCAGCCCUACCUCCAUCUACCAAAUUCCCGGAGCCAAACAGGUCGCGAUUGAAGUUUCAUCCUUCUCCAAAUUCGCCGGAUUCACCGGCGUCCGUCUCGGCUGGACGGUGGUUCCGGAGGAGCUCUCCUAUUCUAACGGAUUUCCGAUCAUAAAAGAUUACGAUCGCAUCGUCUGCACGUGCUUCAACGGCGCCUCCAACAUCGUGCAGGCCGGCGGCCUAGCUUGCCUCUCUGCAGAAGGCUUCCAGGCAGUGAGCAGAGUGGUGAACCACUACAAGGAGAACGCGAAGAUUCUGGUGGAGGCGUUCCGAGGGCUGGGGAUGGAGGUGUACGGGGGACAAAACGCACCGUAUCUGUGGGUGCAUUUUCCAGGAUCGAGCUCUUGGGAGCUGUUUGCCGAGAUUCUGGAGAAGACGCACAUCGUGACGAUUCCGGGGAGAGGAUUCGGGCCCGCCGGCGAAGAGUACAUAAGAGUCAGUUCCUUCGGCCACAGAGAAACCAUUCUAGAAGCUUCCAAUAGGCUUACCAGUCUUCACAAACAUAUCUUCAAAUAGGUAACAGAAUCAGAUCAUAUUGAAUGAGUUCCUCAAACCUUUCAAACUUUAAUAUGAUUAAUAAUCUCUAAAGUAUCUUUAUGUAUAAUGAAAUUAAAUUAAAUAAGUGAGAAAUAUUUCCUCUACAGAGAAAAUAUUCGUCACAAUAAUUACAAAAUUAUGUUGUUCUUAAUUAUCUUUUUUUUUUUUUGGUUGCAUUGGAACUACACAAAUUAACGGUGAUGUAGAAUUGCAAUCAUUGUU